AUGGUUGUCUACUCAUUCCACAUCUUUGACCGGCACACCGAGUGCAUCUACUCCAAGUCCUGGCUCCCCCCGUCCACAAACCCAGCCGACCCCGAUGCCCCCGCAGCCAACACCACAGCCCCGACGACGUCGUCCGACGACGCCAAGCUCCUCUUCGGCACCGUCUUUUCCCUGCGCAACAUGGUCCGCAAGCUCGGCGGCGACGACGACGCCUUCAUCAGCUACCGCACCGCGCAGUACAAGCUGCACUUUUACGAGACCCCCGCCAACCUGCGCUUCGUCAUCCUCACCGACACGGCCACGCUGAGCAUGCGCAACGUGCUGCACCAGAUAUACAUCAACCUGUGGGUGGAAUACGUGGUCAAGAAUCCUCUGGCGCCGGUUGAGCACAAGCAUGGCGAGGGCGUCAAGAAUGAGCUCUUUGAGCUUGGACUGGAUCAGUUCAUCAGGGGGUUGAUGUGA